CAAAUUUUAUUUGAAACGAGAAAAGUUAUGGUAAAAUGAAAUAUUUGUGUUUACUUGUUGCGCAUCGAUAUAUUAUAAUAUGGAAAAAACAACAAUGUUGCAAUAUCUUGUAUUCAUAUGUAUGUUGAUUGUUGAAUAUUACCCGUCUGUGCUCAGUCUGGAGCCGCUCCGAACGCGAAUACUUUUACCCGGUCAUGUCUACAUAUAUAAACAUUCAGACGAUGUUUACAAUCAGCUGAUAGAUUUGAAGGAUUUCAAAUUUCUCAUAAACCCCCCACGGUGUAAUCACAGCCUGCUUUUGUUAGUGAUAGUCACCACAAAGUGGAAUCAUUAUGAGAGAAGGAAGUGGAUACGAGAGACGUGGACGGCGCCUUGGGAAUGGACCAGGGUGUUGUUCUUCGUUGGGGAGCCUAAUUCGUUCAAAGCAUCUGACUUUCAGAAGAUUCGAAACGAGAGCGAUCUUUACGGAGAUAUCGUGAUGGGUAACUUUGUAGAUGCUUAUGUUAAUAUGACGUAUAAGCACACUAUGGGUUUGAAGUGGGUCGCGCACCACUGUCCAAACGCGAAAUACAUUUUGAAGCUAGAUGACGACGUGGCGGUGGACCCGGAGGAGUUCAGGGAGUUCCUGGUCCAGAGACUGUCGCCGUGGGGAGCACGGAGACUGAUCGCAUGUAAUUGUUACGCGGACGAAUCUUUUAAAUCGAAGUACAAACCUAUUGUUAUGGAUUACUGCGGUACUUUUUGUCACGGUUGGGCGAUCCUGUACUCCCAAGAUGCCGUGCAUGAGCUCCUCAGAGUUGUCCAAAGAAUGCCUUACCAUUGGAUCGACGACAUCCACAUUACCAAAACAUGCGCAGACGUGCUCGAAAUACCCAGAAUACCACUCUGUCAGUUGGAGAGGCGUUGGAGACAGCUGUUCAAAACCAACACAUUAUAUUUUUACGAGAAAUGGCUCCGUAAUCACAAUGAAGCCUGGCUGUUCCGUCUUUUGCAUUGAUGUGGUCCGAACCACCCAGUGGUAAGACAAUGUACUGGUUUGGUAGCUAUUCGGUCUUCACGAUUAGCCCUUACGUACGUGGGAGAGAUAUUUUUUAAAGGAAAUUAGGAAAAUAAUAUUAUUUAAUGCCAGGCAUUUUAUUUAUUGUUGUUUAAUUCCUGGACACCAACGCUUUAUGGCGGCAGAAGAAACAGGAAGGACGCUCAAGCGAUUGUUAAUUACAAAAAUAGUAUUUUAAAUAAGAAAACAAUAGAUUAAUAGCUAAAAAAAUUAGAAUUUAGUUUAUUUCAAAAUAUAUUUAAGUUUAUUUUUAUUUUAAGACUGUGCAAGUAUUAUUUUUAUUUAUCUUUAAAGUAUGUAGGUGUUUUAUUAUUUUAAUAUUACGAAUAUGUAAAUUAUGUCGUUUUAAAAAGUUGCUUUGAGGCUUUCCGUUUUUGACUUGACCUUUUGCCAUCAUCACAUUUUUAUCAACAUAUUUCAUUUCUUAGCAACAGAUUAUGCCAAACUCUUGAUUCAGAUAUCAAAAACUUAAACUUACACGCAUAUUAGUAUCAAAACCAAAUAGAGUACCUUGACAUAAAAUCGUGAAAUUUUGCAAAAAAAAUACAAAUAGAAAAAUAUUCAAAAAUUGCUAAUUUAUAGUUACAUUGUAAAAAUAAAUGGAGAAUUUUAUGAAAAAAGCCGUGUGCAAUAGUAAGUUGUUAGUUUAAGUUUGUUAUCUAUUCUAAGUAGUUAUCUCUAUAAGUUGGUACGGAACCAUCAGCGGACUCGACCGAUUCUUACUUGACCGUUUUUUUAAGUGUUAUUAAUAUUAUG